AUGCGCCAUAUCGCCGCUUACCUUUUGCUCCAAACUGGCGGCAACGAGAGCCCCAGCGCCGCCGAUGUGAAGAAGCUUCUCGGCGUCGUCGGUGUGGAGGCCGAUGACGACCGCCUGGAGUCGCUCAUUUCUGAGCUGAAGGGCAAAUCGACUGCUGACCUCAUUGCUGAGGGCUCGAGCAAGCUCGCCUCUGUACCCUCCGGUGGAGGAGGAGGAGGCGCGGCGCCCGCUGCUGGUGCCGGGGGUGCCGCUGCGCCUGCCGCCGAGGAGAAGAAGGAAGAGAAGGAGGAGGAGAAGGAGGAGUCGGACGACGACAUGGGCUUCGGUCUGUUCGAUUAA